AUGUGCACCUACGCGCCGACCUUGAUCUUGCUCAAUUUAUACUGUAUCUGGCUGAUUUAUCGACAGGAGCAGUUGACAACGAACGUCAAGUUUAUCCUGAUCCUCGACCCGGGCUGCCGGUUGUUUGAGGCGCUAGCUACCCUCUAUAAAGCGCCAUGUUUAUUAAACUAUUGGUGCGUCGAGGUUUAUGCCCCUUUUUUGAGUAACGCAAUUAUAACGUCGAGCCAAAUCGGGAUGACCUAUUCGACGCAACUCCUCGGAAAUGCUCUAUCGUUUUAUAGAUUUUUCGCCAUAUUCUUCGAUGGCCGGCUCUAUCGAUACGCCGAGAAGAUCGCGGUACCCCAUGCUCUUCUUGCCUGGGUAUACAACCCACUGGAUGACUUUACCUGCUACGGUGGGCUGCAUUGGGACCCGCAAAACUACACGAACAUGAUCGUCUACCUCUGGAACUGGUCACUCUUCGGCCUCCUCGCCAACAUUGAUUAUGUCAUGUAUGGGGUUCUGGUGGUGUCUCUCACGCUCGACCUCUGCACGUUCUUCAUGCUGCGCCGAUUUGUCCGCAAAAAUGUCGACAGAAAGAGGGCCGACCGGAAGCUGGCUGUGAUGUUAAUCGUCACGCACGUCAUCACAGCCUUCUUUUUCCUGGGCAAAUAUCUAGCCAGCGACUACGAGGACUACGUUCCGAACGGGUGUUCCGAGUCGGAGGGGUUCUUUUAUACAAAUGCCUACGAGAGCACCAUCGGCUGGGACGGGCUGCCGAAUCGGGACGACAAGAAUCAACGCAGCGUCUAUUUUAUAUUCGCUGCAAUGUGUACGUACGGGCCCGUCAUCAUCAUCCUGAACGUUUACUGUAUUCAACUAAUCUAUCGGCGUCACCUCCUUACCAAAAGCGUGAAAUUCAUCCUAAUCAUCGACGCGGGAUGCCGAUUAUUCGAAGGUUUUGCCACCGUCUACAAAGCGCCUUGUUUGCUAAACUAUUGGUGCGUCGAGGUAUACGGCCCGUUCUUGAGCAACGCCAUCAUCACUUCCGGCCAAAUCGCGAUGACGUAUUCGGCGCAGCUACUCGGUAAUGCGCUGUCCAUCAACAGGUUUUUUGCCAUAUUUCUGGAUGGAAUGUUCUAUCGGUACGCUGAAAGAUUGGCAUUUCCGCAUGCGCUGCUCGCCUGGGCCUUUCCGGUGGCGCUAUUUUGCGGAGCGAUUGGGAAUCUUUACAACCCCCGGGAGCACUUCACGUGCUACGGCGGGCUCCAUUGGGACCCGCUGAACUACACGAACUUGAUCUUCUACACCUGGGCCCCGAUUAUGUUCCAGUUUCUGGCCCGCCUCGACUAUUUCAUGUACGGCGUGCUGGCGCUUUCACUGGUGCUUGAUCUGUCCACCUUCUUCAAGCUGCGGAAAUUCGUCCUCCAUGCCAACGACAGAAAGCGGUCGGACCGGAAGGUCGCGGUAAUGUUAAUCGUAACCCACUCCAUCACCGGCAUUUUCUUCAUUGGCAACUUUUUGACGAACACACUACUGCAUCGCCGGGAAACGCUGACCCCGGUCCAGGAAUAUAUCAUCAAUGAGGGGGCGCCGGUCAUCGGCCACGUUGCCUAUACGCUUGUCGUCACGCUCUUCAAUCGACCACCAAGAGAAGACGCUACGAAACCAAAAAUUGUCAGCCUCACCGAGUCUUCUCGAGAUAACCAGAGCAAGAGGCUUCAA